AUGAGGGCUCACAACGUCGCUCAGCUCACCGGCGCGCUCCUCGCUGCCAACGCCCUCGCCAACGAGGCCUCCUUCAAGGCCUCCAAUGUCGAUGGCUUCUUCGUCGAGCAGUUCCAGGAGCAGAUCCCCGAGGGUCGCUGGACCGUCUCUCGCGCCACCAAGCAGACCCCCGUCGGUGACGAGACCUUCUCCUACGUCGGCACCUGGGCCGUCGAGGAGCCCGAGGUCUACCCUGGUAUCAAGGGCGACACUGGUCUUGUCCUCAAGUCCAAGGCUGCUCACCACGCCAUCUCGACCGUCUUCCCCGAGCCCAUCGACCCCAAGGGCAAGCCCCUCGUUGUCCAGUACGAGGUCAAGCUCCAGAAGGGUCUCGAGUGUGGCGGUGCCUACAUCAAGCUCCUGACCGAGGAGAACGGUGCCAAGGCUCUCCGUGACGGCGAAGAGUACACGGACAAGACGCCGUUCACCAUCAUGUUCGGCCCCGACAAGUGCGGUGCGACCAACAAGGUGCACUUCAUCUUCCGUCACAAGAACCCGAUCACGGGCGAGUACGAGGAGAAGCACUACACCCACCCCCCUGCCCCGCGCAUCUCCAAGACGACUGCGCUCUACACGCUCAUUGUCAACCCCGACAACACGUUCCAGAUCAAGAUCAACGACGAGGUCACCGCCGAGGGCAACCUCCUCGAGGACUUCAAGCCCCCUGUCAACCCGCCCAAGCUCAUCGACGACCCCGAGGACUCGAAGCCCGAGGACUGGGUCGACGAGGAGAUGAUCGAGGACGUUGAGGCUGUCAAGCCCGACGACUGGGACGAGGACGCCCCCCUCAUGAUCGAGGACACUGAGGCCGUCAUGCCCGAGGACUGGCUCGUCGACGAGCCCCGCGACAUAGCCGACCCCGACGCGGGGAAGCCCGAGGAGUGGGACGACGAGGAGGACGGAGACUGGAUCGCCCCCACUGUGCCGAACCCCAAGUGUGACGAGGUUUCUGGCUGUGGCCCAUGGGUCGCCCCCAAGAUCCGCAACCCCGACUACAAGGGCAAGUGGACGCGCCCCUGGAAGAAGAACCCCGCGUACAAGGGUGCCUGGGCUCCUCGCCAGAUUGACAACCCCGAGUGGUUUGAGGACCCGCACCCCGCCGAGCUCGAGCCCAUCGGUGGUGUCGGCAUCGAGCUCUGGACCAUGACCGAGGACAUUCUCUUCGACAACAUUUACAUUGGCACCGACCCUGCCGAGGCCAAGAAGUUUGCCGACGAGACGUUCCACGUCAAGAAGCCGAUCGAGCAGGCUGCCGAGGGUUCGCUCGCCGACGACGACGAGGGCGACCUCUCGCUGUCGGACAAGAUCCGUCUCAAGAUCUACGAGUUCUCCGACCUGGCUAAGGAGACGUCGCUCCUCGACGCCGCCAAGGCGCUCCCCGAGGUCGCCGCCGGCCUCACCGCCGCGCUCGUGACCUUCCUCGCGCUCCUCCUCGGCCUCAUGGGUCUCUCGGGCUCCAAGCCCAAGCAGGCCAACAAGACGGCCAAGAAGCCCACCGUCGUCAAGAAGAAGGUCACGACGACCACGACCGAGUCCCCCGCCGGCAAGGUCACCUCGGCUAAGAUCGAGGAGAUCGACUCGGAGGGUGACGUCAAGGUCACGCAGCGCGCCGUCAAGCGCGACUAA